AUGCGUGAUCAAGAGGAAAGUUGGAGGAAGCUGUUCAGAAAGAAAGAGAAUGCGGGAGAGGACAUUCGACAUGUCAAAAAGAGGAGUUCUUCUAGGGUUCAAUUUCAGCAUGUUGCUAAAAGAGGCCCAACCACUUUCAACGUUAUUUUAAAGAAGAAUGGGCUGACUUGUUUGG